AUGAGAAGAGCCGCCUCAUCUUUCCGCCAAUCUCAGAAAUCUCUGUCCAAGUUGUUGAAGAGAGAUCGGUCGAGUCAUUCGGAAUCGUCAAACAAAUCCUCGGAGUUGACGACCAGCGCCUCUUCCCCGCAGCUGGAACGAACUUUGACCCUGCAAAGUUCGAGAGAUUCUCCGAUACAUGCAUCGGAACCAAAUCUCCAAUAUUGUCCUCCAUCGACCCCUGCCAGAAUAAAGCCGCGAGGAUUCUGGAGCAGUGUUGGCAAGAGUUUGAACAGAUUUGCUUGCAAAAUCUUUGGCCGCUCGAUUUGUCAUUUCUUAUGUGGAAAGAAGAAGUCGUAUGCCGUGGCUUAUGCCACCCCAAUGUCUGCGGGGAGUUCGAGGAGGAAAUCAGAGGAGUUAAAAUUGCCGACAGUUCCACACUGGAUGACAGUGUCGAGCGAGAAGACCAGUAUGCUCAAGUGGACGUUGCUGAGGCAAGCGCAAGGGGUGAAGAGCAAAACAUUGAAAGCUGUCGGCGUAACAAGGCGGUUGAGCAUGUUUUAG